ACGCACACGCAAGAGUAGUGACGAGUAGUGGUAGCAGCAAUUAACCAACGAGACACCAAUGGCGGUCGCAAGUAAUAGACCAGCAACCACUCUACUGCCCCUGGCGGCCCUUGUGGCCGUCGCUGGCUCCCUCUUCCUCGCCGGCCCGGCCGCGGCCGCGGGGAAGACCGGGCAGGUGACUGUCUUCUGGGGCCGGAACAAGGCCGAGGGCACGCUCCGAGAGGCCUGCGACACGGGCACGUACACCAUCGUCGUCAUCUCCUUCCUCAACGUCUCGGCCGGCCCCGGCAACAGCCCGCCGAGCCUGGACCUCUCGGGCCACCCCGUCGCCGGCAUCGGCGCCGACAUCAAGCACUGCCAGUCGAAGAGCAUCAUGGUGUUCCUCUCCCUCGGCGGCCGGCAGCACUCCCUGCCGAGCGCCGAGGCCGCCGCGGACCUCGCCGACUACCUCUGGUACGCCUACUUCCCGGCGCCGGCGCCGCGCGCCGGCGUGCGCCGCCCGUUCGGCGACGCGUACGUCGACGGCCUCGACUUCUUCCUCGACCGCGGCGGCCGCCCGCCGCCGGACCACCUCGACGCGCUGGCCGCGCGCCUGUGGAGCUACAACCGGCAGUUCCGCGCCCGCACGCCCGUGCAGCUGUCGGCGACGCCGCGGUGCGCGUUCCCGCCGGACGGGCCGGCGCUGCGGCUGCUCGCCACGGGGCUCGUUACCCGCGUCAACGUCAGGCUCUACGGCGACGCGCGCUGCGCCGCGUACUGGCAGCAGGAGUGGGACAAGUGGGCCGCGGCGUACCCGGGCUCCGGGCUCUACGUCGGCCUGCCGGCGUCGGAGCGGACGGUCGGGUACGUGCACCCCAAGAACCUGUACUACGGCGUCCUCCCGGUGGUGCAGAAGGCGCCCAGCUACGCCGGGAUCAUGAUCUGGGACCGCUACGCCGACAAGCAGACCAACUACAGCAGCUACGCCAUUCAAUGGGCUUGACACUACGGAGACAAACCCCAGAGGAUCAGAGCUUAAUAAAUAAACAAACAAAUAAAUCCAAGAAGUUUAGCAAGCAGCCAUAUAUUUAUACAAUUGACAAACCUUCUGGGUUUCAUAUUUACAGCAACACCCGAGUUUUGACUCAUAAUCGAAGAAUGCAGUGUUGGAAUAAGCAU